GGUUGAUGGAGUUCACAUGAUAUUUUUCCCAAAACAUAAUCCUGAUGCUUUAAUGAGUGCUUUCUCACUUAUGAUUUCAAAUGGGAAACUUUCUAAAUUUGCUCGAACGGUUGCCUCUUCGGGAAGGCUGCUUGCUACGAACUUGCUGGCAUCAGAAUGCAUAACCGGUUAUGCAAGGCUUUUGGAGAAUGUGCUAAAUUUUCCAUCAGAAGCUCUGCUGCCAGGGCCAAUCUCUCAGCUUCAACAGGGUACAUGGGAGUGGAAUUUGUUAGGGAAUGAAAUCGAUUACAGAACAGGAAAUGUUAUGGACAUUGAUGAGCAGUCAUCCUGGAAAAACACUAGUGUUGUUAAUGCCCUAGAAGAAGACUUGUUGGGUUUUGGUUACUCACCAAACAUCUCUGAAAAUGUAACUUGGGAUUCGGCAUUAGAUAUUCCAACUCAAUUAGAUUGGGAUCUCUUCAAGGAAAUUGUAAGCUCGGAAGAAUAUGAGACAUUAGAAAUGGAGGAGCUAUCAGAAAGAAUGCAGAAAGAUCCUGGUUUAUGGGAUGACAUAUAUCGUAAUGCUCGAAAAGCUGAAAAGCUUAGAUUUGAAGCAAAUGAGAGGGAUGAGGGUGAACUUGAGAGGACAGGCCAGACAGUAUGCAUUUAUGAGAUAUACAGUGGGUCUGGGACCUGGCCGUUCUUGCACCAUGGCUCUCUGUACCGUGGAUUAAGCCUUUCAAAAAGAACACAGAGGUCAACAUCAGAUGAUGUGGAUGCUGUUGACCGGCUUCCCGUAUUGAAUGAAACUUACUAUCGCAAUAUUCUCUGUGAGAUUUGUGGAAUGUUCGCUAUUGCAAACAAGGUGGAUAGCGUUCAUAAGCGACCUUGGAUUGGGUUUCAAUCUUGGCGUGCUGCUGGUAGUAAGGUUGCUUUGUCCAAGAAAGCUGAAAGGGUUUUGGAAGAAGCAAUACAAGACAACACAAAAGGUGAUGUGAUAUACUUUUGGGGACGCUUGAACAUGAAUGGUGGAGUGACAGGAAGUAAAGAUGCACUCACGUUUUGGUCUGCAUGCGACAUCUUAAAUGAGGGACACUGCAGAGAUACCUCCUUGAAUGAGGAAUUCUUUGGUGAGGCAGCUGUAUGCAACCACUCUCUCACAGUGGGUGGGACAGUGGCCGCAUAGGGCUGUCCGGUACAAGAAUUUGUCCUUUUAAACAAGUGAGUUUUAACGAAAAGCCCAUGGUACUGUUCACUUUAACGAAAAACCACAUUUUUACACUAAAAAGUCGAACCUGGUACUAUUCACUUUACUCUUUAUUUUGUCCUUAUCAUUAAAACUCAAAGUUUUCAAGCCUUUUUCAUUAGUUUUCCUUUUAAACAAUGGAUGUUGGUAUUAUGAGAGUGAGGUUCCCUAUUGUCAUCCAAUGCCAAUGGUACACUUAGAGCCAAAAUCCAUGGAAUAAUGAGUCCAGUUGCGUUACUCUAUACGGUAAAUUUUGGGUAUACAGUACACUCCAACCACAACUUACCUUUGAUGCUAGCUCAGUGGGUCUGGCUGAGGCACAUUGGUUUCUCCCGUGUGGUCUUAAGCUCUAAAACCCCAAGAUACCAAUCUAGCAAUUGCUAGUGUGUCCUGCCCUAAAAAAUUGUCAGGUUCGGUGGUGGACCUCAGUUUGGAAGCUGUGUGAACGAAGCUGACAGGAAUCAUGGAUUACAAAAGUUAAUUUUCUUUAUCUGCCGACUACUCUCUAAUAUUGUCAAGCACAAAAAUAGAAAUACGAAGGUGUAGAGAUUUUGUUUUUCAUGAACCCAAAUGAUGGGGGCAUUGUCAAUCUCAAAAUGUGUGCAUGGCUGCAUGUGCAAAACGUUAAUUCAUAUAGAUAUUCACACAGAUUUAUGAGGCAUUUAGGUUUCUUAUAUCCAUAAAGCAAAUGCCAAUGAGUUCAUUAAUUCAUCAGAGUAUGAUUUUUUU